ACUACCAGUCCAGAUGGCAUAUCUUCCAUUCUACUGAUAAACGGUGGUAAUGGCAUGAGUUUACUCUUACUCAAGCUAUACUCAAUUUCAUUAAGCGAUGCGACAUACCCUAACUUCUGAAAGAAGUCUUAUACUGUACCUAUCCAUAAAUACGGGCCUAUAGCAGAUAUCAACAACUACCGCCCCAUCAACAUUACGUCUGUAGUUUCACGUGUAAUGGAAAAGAUAGUUAACACUCAAAUCAUACAGUACUUGCUGUCAAAUGACCUACAAUUCACAUCCCAAUGCCGUCUCAUAAGUAGAAGGUCGUGCAUUACAUGCCACUCAGAUAAUUUUGACUACAUUACACAAUGCAUUGAUAAUGGGCGUUUGGUAACAACAUUGUUUCUCAACGUUAGCAAGGCCUACGAUAAAGUCCCACAUAUCAGACUCCUAACAAAACUCCAAUCCUACGGAAUAACCGGAAAGCUUCUCAAAUGGAUAUGUUCUUUUCUCACAGAAAGACAGCAACCAGUCAAAAUCAACCACCAGCUCUCUUUCUCAAAGCCGAUAACCAGUGGUGUAAUACAAGGUACUGUUCUUGGCCCUAUUCUAUUCCUCUUAUUUAUAAAUGACAUAGUCUCUGUAAUCAAGUAUGGCAAGCCAUACCGUUUUGCAGAUGAUCUCAAGAUAGUAUGUGAUAAUGGGUACGGUGAUAUGAGCGUCGAAAGCAAGAUCCAACAAGACUUAAACUAUCUAGGCGUUUGGAGCGCAAAGUGGCAACUUACUUGGGUUUUUUGUUAAUGCGAAG